CAUUCACCACUAGCCUGUGUUAGCUACACACACUUAGCUAGUGUUAGCCAGCCGGCGGCUAAUGAGCAGGCUAAAGCGUCAGCUUUUCUAAAUGUCGCCCGUCCUAUCAAGUGAUGGCGAGAGAAACGUGUUCACAAACCGAAGCUGAGCUGUAUUACCUCAUUGCCAGAUUUCUGCAGUCUGGACCGUGUAAAAAAGCAGCACAGAUUCUGGUGGAGGAGCUGGAGGAGUAUGAGUUGGUCCCGCAGCGAUGGAGCUGGGACGGAGAGAAAUACAAACGAACCUUCCAAGACUGGGUGAGUCUGAACCAGCACAUUCCUGCAGACUAUCUGCUCCGUGUGUGUCAGCGGAUCGGCCCCCUUAUCGAGAAGGAGAUCCCACCUAGCGUUCCUGGAGUACAAACACUGUUGGGACUUGGAAGACAGUCCUUGCUUCGCACCACCAGAAGUUGUGGCCACAAAGUGUGCUGCGGCUCUGCUGUUAUUGCACUCCAUCGAGGACGCCCACCAGAACCUCCAGUCAACAAUGGACAUCCUCCCAGUGUUGUCUCCAUCAUGGGUGCUCGCCAAGCGACGGGUACGGCUCGUUUUGGCCAGACCCUGCCGUCUUCCUCCUACCAACACAUGAAGAUACACAAACGCAUCCUCGGCCACCUGUCUUCAGUCUACUGUGUAGCCUUUGACCGCACUGGCCGUCGGAUAUUUACGGGUUCUGAUGACUGCCUGGUGAAAAUCUGGGCCACAGAUGAUGGCCGGCUCCUGGCAACACUCCGUGGCCACUCAGCAGAGAUCUGUGACAUGGCUGUCAACCACGAGAAUACGCUCAUCGCCUCGGCCAGCUGCGACAAAGUCAUCAGAGUGUGGUGCUUGCGCACCUGUGCUCCCAUUACUGUUCUGCAGGCCCACGCUGCCUCCAUCACAUCCAUACAGUUUUGCCCUGCAGUCAAAGGGACCACAAGAUACCUGGCCUCAACAGGCGCAGACGGCAUGGUGUGUUUCUGGAAGUGGAACUCGCUCAGCAUGAAAUUUAAUGAUCAGCCAGUGAAGUUUGUUGAGCGGUCAAGGCCAGGGGUCCAAGUCUCCACUUCAUCUUUCAGUAGUGGUGGCAUGUUCAUGGCUACUGGUGGCACAGAUCACAUGAUCAGGGUUUACUACCUCGGUGCUGAAACUCCCAUGAAGGUCUCCGAGAUGGACGCUCACACGGAUAAAGUUGUUGUCGUCCAGUUCAGCAAUAACAGCGACAGCCUGAGAUUUGUGAGUGGCAGUCGAGAUGGCACAGCCAGGAUCUGGCAUUACCAGCAACAAGAGUGGAAGAGCAUCACGUUGGACAUGAGUGCCAGGCUGCCCGGAAGUGCUGCUGCCACUGGGGAUGAUAAAACCAAGCUGGUGGUGACCAUGGUCGCCUGGGAUCGAGUCGACUCUACCGUCAUCACAGCCGUGUCCAACUACCUGCUCAAAGUGUGGAGCACGUCUGGACAGCUGCUGCAUGUUUUAUCGGGGCACGACGAUGAGGUGUUUGUGCUGGAGGCUCACCCGUUUGACUCACGCAUCAUGUUAUCUGCUGGUCACGAUGGCAACAUUUACAUCUGGGACUUAACCAAAGGAACCAAAAUCCGCAAUUUCUUCAACAUGAUUGAGGGCCAAGGCCAUGGUGCUAUUUUUGACUGCAAGUUUUCAGCCGAUGGGCAACACUUCGCCUGCACUGACUCACACGGACAUUUGCUCAUUUUUGGCUUUGGCUGCAGCAGACCGUAUGAGAAGAUUCCUGACCAGAUGUUCUUCCACACGGACUACCGUCCUCUUAUCCGGGACUCCAAUAACUACGUCCUGGACGAGCAGACGCAGCAGGCCCCGCAUCUCAUGCCCCCGCCCUUCUUGGUGGAUGUGGACGGGAAUCCUCACCCCUCUCACUACCAGCGCCUGGUGCCAGGAAGAGAGAACUGCAAAGAAGAGCAGCUCGUUCCUCAGCUGGGAUACAUGGCCAACAGCGAUGGAGAGUUGGUCGAGCAAGUCCUUGGCCAGCAAACGGCAGAAAAUGGAGAGAACCUACUGGACAAUCUCAUCAGGCAGCUGCAGAAUGAACAGGAUGAACGGCAGAAUGAACAACAGGCAGCUGAAGGCAACAGAGCCGAUGACGGAGUAGAGAUGGUGGACUCCUCCCCCGCCGUCGGCCCUCGCCGAAGCGGCCAGGUGGACGGGGUCUGGCAGAUGCAGCACAACUCCCUUCAGAGUCAAGUGGCCACAGAGAGGGACCUGUUGGCCUGGAGCCGCAGAGUGGUGGUCAAUGAAGUGCCGCACGGGACGUUCAGGGUUUCAGAGGAAUGCCGACAAGCCAAAGGCGACCUGGAGUGUUCUCUAUACAACGCAGAGCGGAGGAAGAAACCAGCAGCCUGCAUACCGAAGAGCGUUCCACUGGCUUCGCGUCUGCGCUCCUUGCGACCCACCAAGAAGAAGAAGCAGCAGCAUCACGCCUACCAGACCCGCUCGGCUCAAGUCCGCCCUACAGGAAGCAGGAGUCGGAAUAGCAGCACCCGGCGCAACUCGGGCAGCCAGAUAGACUCGGACAGCGAUGGAAAUGCACGAGAGCGGGCGGAGCAAUCUGAAGUCUCCUCCGAUGGUGAAACCCAGUGGCAGAGUGAAAGCAGCUCCAGUGACUCUUCCAGUGAGUAUUCCGACUGGACGGCCGAUGCAGGAAUCAACCUCCAGCCGCCGAAGCGGUCGACGAGACGGCCAGUGCAGCCUUCGGGUUACAGCAGCUCUGAGGAGGAGGAGGAAGGCGGCGAAGAGGCCAAAGAGGCAAAGAAGAAGGAAAAUGAGCAGAGGAAGAAGCCCAAGGAGACCAGACAGAAACCGACGUCCUCUCUGGCGGGACUGGAUGCGGAGGAGUGGGUGCCCCCGUCAUGGAUCGUGGAGACCAUCCCUCGCCGCUCUCCCUUCGUCCCGCAAAUGGGAGAUGAACUCAUCUACUUCAAACAGGGCCACCAGGCCUACGUCCGGGCGGUCCGCAGGGCCAAAGCGUACAGCAUCAACCCUCAGAAACAGCCUUGGAACAGACUCAACCUCAGGGACCAGGAAUCGGUGAAAGUGGUUGGCAUUAAGUAUGAAGUGGGUCCUCCCACUCUGUGCUGUUUAAAGCUGGCUUUCUUGGACCCAGUCUCAGGGAAGAUGACAAAUGAGUCUUUCUCUUUAAAGUAUCACGACAUGCCGGAUGUCAUCGACUUUCUGGUGCUGCAGCAGUUUUACAACGAGGCUAAAGAGCACAACUGGCAGCCAGGUAUGAGGUUCCGCAGCAUCAUUGACGACGCCUGGUGGUUCGGGUUUGUGGAGGAUCAGGAGCCUCUGCAGCUGGAGUACCCGGACAGCCUGUUUCAGUGCUACGCCGUGAAGUGGGAUAAUGGCGAGCGGGAGAGAAUGAGCCCAUGGGACAUGGAGCCCAUUCCUGAAGAAGCGGCAUUGCCCGAGCAGGUUGGCGACGGCGUGGAGGUGGCGGAAGAGGAGCUGAAAGCUCUGCUGUACAGUCCUCAGGAAGGAGAGUGGGGGGCGCACACCAGAGAUGAAGACUGUGAGAGGGUCAUACACGGCAUUGAUCAGCUUCUCACUUUGGAUGUAGCUAAGGCAUUCGCAUUACCGGUCAACUUGCAAGACUACCCGCUGUACUGCACCGUGGUGUCUUAUCCCACAGACCUCCACACCAUUCGCAAGCGGCUUGAGAAUCGCUUCUACAGGCGGAUCUCCGCUCUCAUGUGGGAGGUGCGUUACAUCGAACACAACGCCCGCACCUUCAACGAACCCCAAAGCCCCAUUGUAGCAGCUGCCAAGAUGGUCACUGACGUUCUCCUGCACUAUAUAGGGGAUCAGAGCUGCACAGACAUCUUGGAUCUGUAUCACAAACUCAAGUCUAACGUCAGCAGUGGAGACGAAGCUGAGGUUGACUUGGAUGUAGACUCUGACACCCCGGGGACCUCUACAGGACAUCGAGGAAGCAGCUCAGGCGUUAAGAAGCGUGGCGUGGUUUUAGAUCCAAAAGCAUGGCGAGGUCAAUGUCGAGAGCUGCUGCGCCGCAUGAAGGCUUCUCCGGACUCCGAACCAUUCAGACAGCCUGUGGACCUCUUCGAGUAUCCGGACUAUCGAGACAUCAUUGACACGCCCAUGGAUCUGGCCACAGUGUCGGAGACGCUGCUCGCAGGAAACUACAGCAAUCCGGUGGAGUUCGCCAAAGACAUCCGCCUCAUUUUCGUCAACUCGAAAGCAUACACACCUAACAAGAAGUCGCAGAUCUACACCAUGACCCUCAGCUUGUCUGCCUUCUUCGAAAAACACAUCAUCUCCAUCAUCUCGGACUACAAGUCUGCCGUUCAGAACGAAAAGCGGACCCGCCAGAGACUCAGCAACAGGAGCAGGUUGCACAACGGGGGGAGCUCCCCGCCAAACAGUCCGUCUCCCGGCACUAAAGGGAAGCACAAGUCAGGGAGGGUGUCCAGGCCAAGGAAGUCCCAGACCUCAACCAAGACUCGCUCUCACAGAUCAUAUCAAGCUCAGCAAAGCAACAGUGUAGCAGAUGAAGAGGAAUCCCAGCCUUCUUCGCCAAGUUCAGGGACGAGUGUGGAGAGCAGACAUCAGGGGCCUCACCGGGUGACCCGCAGCCAGGCAACCCCUGUGAAGAAGUCAGGGCACCAGCGCAGCUCCCGUCCGGGCAACGGCUCGAGGCGACAAGCACAGCAGUCCGACGAGGACGAUCGGGAAGAGGCGACCAGGUCCAACAGCUCCUCGUCCGACUCGUCCUCCACCUCUUCGUCCUCUUCCAGCUCCUCCUCCUCAUCUUCGUCCUCGUCGUCCGACAGCGACAACAGCUCCGACUCGGAAGCGGAGAAGUACGUGGAGGGAGGGGAUCACGACUACAGCAAAGCCCCCUGCUUGUCCGUGCGUCUCUCGGCUAAGGGGAAAGCGGCGGCCUCAGGGAAAAGGAAACAUGAAGAAGAAGAAGAAGAAGAAGCAGCACAGAGACCGAAAAAAGCACGAGUUCACCUGCUGGUAAAACAAGAAGAGGAAGAGGAGGAGGAGGCAGAGGAUGGAGAGGAAGAGGAGGAGGAAGAAGAAGAAGAAGAAGAGGAGGAAGAAGAAGAAGAGGAGGAGGAGGAGGAGGAGGAACAGCAACAGGUGAAUGUAAAACAAGACGAGGGAGAAGGAGACGAUGAGGAGGAAGAGGAGGAACCUGAAGAAGAAGAGCCCGAGGAAGAAGAAGAAGAAGAGGAGGAGGAGGAGGAGGAUGACGAUGACUCUGGGGUACAUAAAGCCACCGCUGCAGCGGCACCAGCAGUGAACAGCUCGAGGAGCAGCCAGUGCAAAUCUCGGAGGGUCAACACCCGGAACCAGGGCCGCAGGACAGUCCUGUACAGGGACGACUCGGAGGACGACGGCCACGGGUCGAAGGACGACCCCCUCAACCUGGGCAUGUCCCGCUCAGGGCGGGUCCGCCGCAUGACGGAGAAGGCGCGCGUCAGCCACCUCAUGGGCUGGAGCCACUGACACGGCGCCCCCUUCAGACCUCAUUCACAAGAAAAACAGAACUGUUCCACGCAGACGAUACUUCAGGGAUUUUUUUUUUUCUUUUUUCUUUUGUAAAAGUGUGUACAUAUAAUAUAUAUAGAGAGAGAUUUUCUUUUUAUCUGAGACUGCUUAUGACUCUCAAACUGAUAACUGGUGCUCCUAAAACGUUGCCGGGGGUUUCUUUCCUCCCCCUGGGUUAACAGAGCUACUGUUCAACACGGACCCUCUCCCUACCGGACUAACUCACCUCGGCCUUACUGCUCGCUGGAAGAGCCUCCACGACGCGGCGCAUCGCUUCUCCUCUCUCACGUCCCGCAUUAAAACACUAUGUUUACUCGUCUUCGUCCCUCCAACGACUUCUCUCGCUCCCGGUCACCAAAGAAGGAUGUGGACAUGCCAAAAA